AUGUUUGUGGGGAGUGUGGGCAAAAUUUCAGGGAGAAGUCCUACCUCAUCAGAAAAAAGUGCUGAAGGCCUAUGUUUGUGGAGAGUGUGGCAAAGUUUCAGAGAAGUCAGGUGUCAUCACACACCAGAGUACACACAGAGGGGAGAAACCCUGUGUUUGCAGGGACUGUGGGUGAAGUCUCAGAAGUCAGUUUCAUUAGAGAUCAGGGGAAACACAGGGGAGAAGUCCCGUUUGUGUGGGGUGUGGGUGAAGAUUCAAUGUUUGGUCCAAUCCUAUCAGACUCCAGUAGACACACACAGGGGAGAAGCCCUGUAUUUGUGUCGAGUGCUGGGAAAGUUUCAGAGAGAAGUCACAUCUCAUCAGACAAGAGAAUACACAGGGGAGAAGUCCUAUGUUUAUGGAGAGUGUAAAGUUUCAGUGAGAAGCCAGGUGUCAUCACACACCAGAAUACACAGAGAGGGGAGAAACCCUGUUUUUGCAGGGAGUGUGGGUGAAGCCUCAGUUAAAAGUGAGUUUCAUAGAGACCAGAGGACACACAGGGGAGAAGCCCCGUUUGUGUCGGGAGUGGGUGAAGCUUCAAUGGGUGGUUCAAUCUCAUCAGGCUCCAGAAGACACACACAGGAGAGAAGCCCCAUGUCUAUGGGGAGUGUGGGCCAAGUUUCAGUCAGAAGUCCUAUCUCAGCAGAGAAGAGAAGACACACACAGCGGAGAAGCCCUAUGUUUGUGGGGAGUGUGGGCAAAGUUUCAGUCAGAAGUCCCAUCUAA